AUGGCGGUGUGCGCGCGGCUGUGCGGGGUGGGACCGUCGCGGGGCUGCCGGCGGCGCGGGGCGCAGCGGGAGCAGCGGCGGGAGGGCCCGGCUGACAGCGAGCCCGACACGGACGCCGAGGAGGAGCGGAUCGAGGGAGCCCGGCUGGGACAAGGGGAGGCUCCGGCCCCGGCCGCCCGGGCCCCGCUCUCCCUGCUGGAGCUGCCCCCCGAGCUCCUGGUGCAGAUCUUCGGCUCCCUGCCCGGCACCGACCUGCCCAGCCUGGCCCGGGUCUGCAGCACCUUCCGCCGCAUCCUCCGCACCGACACCAUCUGGCGGCGGCGCUGCCGGGAAGAGUAUGGCGUCUGUGAGAACUUACGGAAACUGGAGAUCACAGGAGUGUCCUGUCGAGAUGUCUAUGCCAAACGUAUAAAUCCACGAGUGAAGUCGGGGCGUUUUAUGAAAAUCCUUCCCGACUACGAACACAUGGAGUACAGAGAUGUUUACACCUGCCUGCUGCACCGAUACCGACACAUCUUGGGACUGUGGCAGCCAGACAUUGGGCCAUACGGGGGACUACUGAACGUGGUGGUAGAUGGCUUGUUUAUCAUUGGCUGGAUGUACUUGCCCCCUCAUGACCCUCACGUGGAUGACCCAAUGAGGUUCAAGCCCCUUUUCCGGAUUCACUUAAUGGAGAGGAAAAGUGCGACUGUCGAGUGUAUGUACGGCCACAAGGGGCCCCACAAUGGCCAUAUCCAGAUCGUAAAGAAGGACGAAUUCUCCACGAAGUGCAACCAGACAGAUCACCAUCGAAUGUCAGGAGGAAGGCAGGAGGAAUUCCGGACGUGGCUGAGGGAAGAAUGGGGCCGGACUCUGGAGGAUAUCUUCCAUGAGCACAUGCAAGAGCUCAUCUUGAUGAAGUUCAUCUACACCAGCCAAUACGACAACUGCUUGACAUACCGACGCAUCUACCUCCCUCCUAGCAGCCCUGAUGACCUCUUAAACCCAGGUCUCUUCAAGGGAACUUACGGGAGCCACGGCUUGGAGAUUGUCAUGCUGAGUUUUCAUGGGAAGAAAGCCAAAGGGACUAAAAUAACCGGAGAUCCCAAUAUCCCAGCUGGCCAGCAGACGGUGGAGAUCGACCUGGCGCACCCCAUCCAGCUCCCGGACAUCGAGAACCUGCGCAACUUCAAUGAGCUCUCCCGCAUCGUCCUGGAGGUGCAGGAGCAGGUGCGCCGGGAGCAGCAGCAGGAGGAGGAGGAGGAAGGGCAGGACGAAGAGGAGGGCCGCUCCCGACAGGGUGACUCGCAGCAAGCAGAGCCGCCUGCGCAGGGGGACGAUGCUGGGGCUGAGGGGACUGAGGCUGCGGGGGCAGCAGCCGCCCAGGAGUCGGCGCCAAACUCGCAGCCUUUCGUGCUGCCCGUGGGAGUCAUCUCCAGGAACGAGGAUUAUCCCCGGACCUGCCGGAUGUGUUUUUAUGGCACGGGGCUCAUUGCUGGACAUGGCUUCACCAGCCCUGAACGAACGCCGGGCAUCUUCAUUCUAUUCGAUGAUGAUCGUUUCGGGUUCAUCUGGCUGGAGCUGAAAUCCUUCAGCCUCUACAGCCGGAUCAAGGUCUCUUUCCAGAACGCCGAGGCGCCGUCCCGAGAGGCCUUCGAUGAAAUGCUCAAAAACAUUCAGUCAAUGACUACUUGACAGGCGGCCCCUGGUGGACAGAGGAGGGAUUGCAAAGAAGGUUUCUGCUCUCUCCUGCCAAGGACAGAACCCCGGCCUCUGGUACCUCUGAACAAAAGCAUGCACUUUUCAAUAAGGCCUUUUUGCCAAAAUCUACACAUCCCUGUUAGAAUAUAAACAAAAUCCCCACACUGCUCCCUGGCAGUACUUUCUAUAUAGUCUGCGACACAGCUCUGCAUAGUGGGAGGGAACCUACACAGGAGGGAAAUGAGCAUGCUCGCAUUUUUAAAAGAAUGUAUCAGAGCAAAAUUCCUUAGAAGCCAACGUUGAGGAACAUGUAAUUAAUCGACAUAGCAGAUAUAAUAUAUACAUGCUCUCUGCUCUAGCCAUAGGCGCAUCCCUACAGAAGGCAAACCCUUCAGUGAAGUGUCAUGUUCAAUCUUUCCUGCAACUGGCCCAAUCUAAUAAUUUGAAGACUUGAUCACCCCCCAAAAACCCAACACCCCCACCUGCAAAUUUGCUGCCAAUUUAGUGCGUGGCUCAAAAGUGACUAAUAAUGUGUGUUUUGCCCCCCUCCAGGGCCCUUCUUCAUAAUGCAGCCUUGAUGGAAAAACAGACCCGAGGUAGCUCUGCCCUUGGUUUGGGAAUCAAAGUGGGAUUCAACAGUAAGAGAGGGGAUUUCCACUGCAAACAGCUCCACAGGUACCCUCGUGCUGUCUCCCAAAGCUCGCUGCUCCCAUGACCUUCUUGGACUCUAGUCCGAAUCUGACUAGAAGCCAAGGGGGAAUCAUAGCUCCCUUUAUAGGGACCCAGUAUGGAACUCCAGACAAAUCCAGAUCAGAUUGGAGGAGAAUCUUAUGCAGUUUUAGCUCAUUUUAAGACUUUUUUAAAGUUCUCAUUUUAAAGAACUAAAAAUCCUCUAAAUAUGGUUAACUUCUGACCUUCACCUCCACACGCUUGCUGGAUGGCAGCCGCUGUGAAAUGUAAUUUCUGGCUAGGCCAGUGCCUGUGAUGUGGUAUUUCCCCCUGUGCAGCGUAAAAGAAGCAGUUAGGAAUUCCAUGGUGCUGUGGUUCAUUCUGAUGCCUCUCAGCAGCUUUUCUGACACUUCCCCGGGGAACGUUUUGUUUAUUUUUCAGUGCCCCUGUAGACUUCUGUCUCUAAUGGGUUCCCCUGUCCCUGUACUGCAGGGUUCUUGUAUUCUUUCCCCUACCUAACACGGAUUUCUCUUCUAAUGCCACCAUCUCAGAAAGCUUUUGCUCUUUAUUUCCCGUAGCUACUCUUAACAUAGCUAUCUGAGCUCUACUGGAAGGUGCAGGUAGGUGGAAAGGAGUCCAGAAUUCCAACCGCCAUCUCCUACCUGGCAGUGUUCUGCUUCAAAAGCAAAGGAGCUGCUUGCCUCAGAGACCCGGUAGGUGACUGUAGGUCAGGCAGUAGGUAACUGUGCAGCAGAAGGAUUCGGGCUCUCUAUCUCUUAUCCACCGCAUCACAAGUUUUCCAGACACUUUUGUUCUCAUUAGUCUUGGGUAGGAAGAGAGACAGGAAUCCCCAACUGAACGAAGAAGAAGGAGUCGAGGUGUAACAUAUCAAGAGAACUGCCUUCCUUUUCCAGUUUCCUCCAUCUCUUUGCCCUGAGCCUGGGAUCAGGGGCUGGAAGAACCGCAGCCACGAGGCAGCUGAUGGAUAACUCUGUGCCUUUCUAACAUCUCUCCUGCUAUUUAUCACUUGUCAGCUAUUAGAGAAGCGAUCUCCCCAACAGCUUCUUUUGGGGGCAGAUUGUGGGGGAGGGAGGUAUAAGGAAAGGCUUGGCUCCAAGUGAAAUCUGCGUCCUUUGUCCCAAUCCCUUUUGGAGAGGAGGAAGACUGUUAAAGAUUGCGUCUUUCAACCCCCGUCAGGGCGUCUCCAUUGGUGGGACGACUCCUUGUCUCGUGAGUUCUCCCCCUUUCCACCUUUGACAGUGGAGUGGGAUGAUUUUGUGCUGCUUUCGUGGGAAAGACUCACUUCUUGGCUGAUUUCACUGAUAACAGGAAACUUAUUCCCUCCUGUUGCAGUUUUGUUGCUGCUGCUCCGACUUCAGCCUUCCAGUCAUUCCCUUCCUGAGCUGCAUGUGAACAGUGGUGUCCCUCAGUGGCUCAGAGCAGCAGGUUGUGUCACUCAUGGGACUAAUCCCUAUCCUAUCAAGUUACAUGAAUCUGUGUGGAUCAGAAAGCAGUUCUGGGCACUUCUCUUUCCCUUCCUACCCAAUCGUCCUAGCAUGAACCAUACCGAGGUAUACAUCAGAGUGAGAGGGCCUCUGGAAUGUUAGAAGCAUUCGUUUGAGCCUGCCUCGUUUGUACAGCUUAUCCAAUGUAGCUCUUUACCUGUGGUUGAGGGGCUAUGCCUCUUUCUACCCCAGCGGGAGGGAGAAUUAACUUUGGUCUCACACCAUUGCUAAGGCUGUGGAAUGCUGGCAAGGUGUUUAUUUCUCUGGUCAUUGGUGCGUGGGCACAGGCUAAAACCAGCUUCUCCACCUUAGCUCUGAAUUUCCUUUUUGUCCUUCACACCAGACGCUCAGAGCUGCACCUGUGCAAAUGCACAAGCAAAAAGGAGCACUGGCUAUUGCAGGUGCAAUUGUGCAGGCUAAUAGGUGUCUGUGGGUGUGAGUUGCCUGGUAGGCAUUUGAGCAGCCAGUUUCAGGUCUAAUUUCUAAGGCAAUGUGUCCAUAACUGCCCUAAUUUACAUAUGCAAAUCAAAAAACUGGCCCUUAAAGUUUUGACAGACUCUCCUGAAUUGUUUCUACAGUAGCACUUAAAAAUGAACCUGCAUUUAAGGCAAUAUGGACACUUGACUUGAGAGAUUCAUGACUCCUUUGGAGUUGUUCCAUCAAUCAUGUAAAUACAAACAGACCCUUACGUUGACUCGGUAGCCGAUCUCAGAGUAGAACAAAUCUCUCGUGCAUUCUUACCCAGUUCGGGGAAUGUGUAAAAAUAAUGUACGCUAAGAUUUAUUAAAAUGAUGUUAUGGGUCGUGAUUGCCUCUUAGAUUGCCCUGUAUUUCUGAGUGUAGCUGCAGAAUGGAGUGGUGGGAUAACCCUGCGUUUGUUACCUGUGGCCCCCAGACAUCAUGCAGUGGAAGACGGGGGGGCAGGGGCGGUUCACAAAUAUAGUCUCGAUGCUUGUGUUCGAGUCCUCUUGUUAGGCUGUCAGCGCACGCCCAGCAGUGUCUGAUCUCCAGACUGGCACAAUGCCCCCACUUGGAGCGUGUUUCUCCAUAAUAUUUUAAUGGCAGCUUUUGAGUUCUUCCGUCGAUGCCCUUUGAACUCGAGAUGUGCUUGGCAGGAUGGCCGGCUCCUCACCCAGUGAGAGGGCUGUGCAGAGAUCUGCAUGUGCUGCAGCUGCUUUUCAGAGACUUUCAGAACCUCCUCUCACUAACUUCAGAACGUACCAGGCCGAACUGCUGGUACAUCAUGGUUUUUAUUCUCUUGCUGGAGAAUAGACAGUGACUGGAAUCUGGGCUAACACCAAAAAAAGCCCUUCAAGCUUGUGACAUUUCAGAAGCGAAUUCCCUUUGAUCUGGCCCUUUGUGAAUGGAAAGUUGGCAGAGGUCUGAAGCCAUGGAAACUGGUACUUCACCUCUGGGGAGCAGUGGCCUUCCAUGCUACAGUCUGCAUAGGGGCCCUUUGGACCAAGGUGUAUCCAUGUUUUGCAGGGAAAGGUAGAAUAAAGAAAAGCUGCUGUGAGGAGUUUGACCCAACAGCUUUCAGAGUCAGGCUGCGGAAGGGCAGAGUGAGGGAGACGAGUGGCACUUGGCAGGUGUAAGCUAUACCAAAAAAAAAACAACAAUCCGGUUCAGCGGUACAGUCUCAUUGGUGGAGUGGUAAUUUUAAGCAGUGUCUUGCCAGCCAUGGAGGGGUCUGGCCACAGUUAGUGCCCGCUCCCAUGACAGCAUGCACAAGUAAUAGUGUCCGAGGUCUAGUCUGGCUGUACUAAUUCAUGCAGGCUGUGACAUGCCCUGGAGGGCGAGAUUAUUUUAUAUCAUGUGCCCUGCUAGUUUCCUGAGCCCUACUGGCAACGUAGCCAGUGACAAAUCAAGAUUCUCUCCCCCCCCCCCCCCCCCCGGAGAAUGCCACUUACUGCAAAAGGGGCCCAGCAAGACCCUCCGCUUGUGUGAAAGCUGAGUGUGGGAAGCCACCACAGAACAUGGCUGUUGCACCUGUCAGCCUGAGUUUCUCUAGUGAGAGCUUUAUGCAGUGGGGUCCCCUCCCCCCAACUUUCAGCGGAGGUAGAUGACAUCUGGGUUGGCAAAACUGACGUGUGACCGCUGGUGUAGUCAUGGGUAAAAGGACUUUACCCCCCUUCUCGUUUGGGGAAUAUGGAGUUGAGUUUAGGUUAUUUACCCACUUUUUUUACCGUACGCCAUUGUAAUGAUGCAUCCAGCGCCAAUAUACAGCAGUUUGUAGUGCUGAUGCAUUUGAGGAUAGACAUCAAUACAGAGCUACUGUAACACUCUUCAGAAUGAGAACUGACCCCUUUUGUAACGUACACUUCCGGUCCGCCCGAAAGUGAAUGCCACUCAUGAGGCCGGGGUGGCUGAGCGAUGGAGGUGUUUGUAUCACUGUGAAAUCUUAAAGCUGCGGGUAGGGUUGAUCUCUGACAACAGUUUUUACAACAAUAGGAAAACAGCGUCACUCCUGGUGGGGGAAGCUUCUCGCUAGGGACCAUCUCCCGAGUGUUACAGUGCCUGCAUCAUAGCAAAGCAGCGGGACUGAAGUGGUAACGCUUGGGUAGACCCAUCAUUUGCAGAUGGAGUAUGGUCUGUUGUGCCCCAAAAACUGGGGUGUGAAACCCCUGUUUAAAAGUAUUUAAAUGAUGGCAUAACCGCUCUGUACUGUAGAUCAGCUUGAAAAACUUACUGGUCUCUCCACCUGAACUGAUCACUAUGGGGGGGUAGGGAAAUAGAUAGUCUUACUCCAAGCUCUCCUCCUGUUCAGUAGACCCCUUGCUUUUAGUCCAGAUCAAGGUGAUAUUUUACCCAGCAUUAACAGGACUCUGCACCAGUCUAGUCUCUCCAAGUAUUUUACCAAAAGCUAAGGGCUGCUGUUGCAUGGGGGACCGAUCCAAAGUCCAUUGGAGUUGAUGGAUAGACCCCCGUGAGUUUUGGCUCAUGCCCAGAAUGCUUGCAGGAUUGGGCCCUCUCUGAGUGGCUCCAAAUGCCUCCGCCAACCCUCUGCUUCACCCAUGGGGAGCUUGUAUAAAAGCCGGGUCGGCUGUUGUGGCUGGUAGCACAGGAGACCUUCUCAGGGGUGUCGGAAUCUGCGGCGGGGGAAGCGAGCGUGUUCCGUGUUUGUACAGUGCCUAGCACGGUGGGGUCCUGCUCCGUGACUGGGGCUUCUAGAUACUGUGAUAAUCCCAAUAACCAUCUGUGCUACAGAGGCAUAGUGAAAGCUGGAGUGUGGAAGCGUGUGGUUGUGGGAAGGGGUUUUCUCUAAUUAGCAAUGAUGUGUAGCAUAAGUCCAUUUCAAGUGUGUGGAAUCCUGUCUCUUGGCAUCGGGAGGUUGAUGGGCCCCUCUUGUGGGUUAGUUGAAGACUUGUCAUUGGGGGUGGUGGUACCAUGUUUCCAGGCUCUGUGUUCCUCUGGGGUGAAGGCGCUUGUUCUUCGGAGGAGCAGUUACUUACCAGGGAGAGGUCUGAGCUGGCCCAAGAUGAGCCUUUUGGUGGAGUUUGUAUCUUCUAGGGCGCGAUAGAGUUCCCACCUCUUUGGGGGCAUUUCCGUUUCCCAGUGUUCGUGCACUGUCCUACGAGUGGUGCUUGCAUGGAAACGCCUGUUAGAGGAGGCUGAGCCCUGGUCUAGACUGCGGGGGGGGGGGGGUGAAUCGAUCUAAGUUACGCAGCUUCAGCUACAGGAGUACAGGAGUCGACCGGAGAGCGCUCGGGGGUCGAUUUAUCGCGUCUACGCAUCUAGACUAGAUGCGAUAAAUCGACCCCCGCUGGAUCGAUUGCUGGCCACCAAUCCAGCAGGUAGUGUAGACAUACCCUGAGAUGGAGACUUAAGGCACCCUAUGUCUUCUCUGUAACAAUGGAUAGCCUUGGGGAAAGUGCCCUGUACGCGGACAGGAAAUAGACUCCGGCUGGUUGGUCUAGGAAUGCUCUGCUGGCAAUAGCACCGAGGAAUACGUAAACCAAACCCCUGCAAUCUGCACUGCAACCUAACCUAGCAGCUACCGGACAGACUGUGGCACAGCAUCCUCUAACAGGUGUUUCCAUACAAGCACACUCAGGACAGUGGGUGAACAUUAGGGAACAGAGAUGCCCAUGAAGCAACUGGAAACUGUCACAUCCUUGGAGACUUUCCUGAAUGUGGGUCUAUUUCUAGCUCAAUGUCACAUCCAGUAAACUUCACAGAGCCUGUAACAACCAGUAGGAUGUUCAUGUGUUGGGCUGGAUUCUUUUUUUAGCUGUAAACUGCUGUGACCUGACAGGACUCUCCACUGGUGCAGAAGGUUUUUGGCAGUCCAGAUAGACCUGAAAAGUUCGGUUUACUUAGGGAGAAUGCAAAUGUGUAGCUUUGGGUGUCCACUUUCCCCUGCGGUUGCUGUAUGUUUCUAACAGUGUGGCUGCAGCAAUUCUGGCACGAGGUAUUAAGGGAAGGGAUGCAGCUCAUUAAGAAAUGAUAAUGGGGAAAGAAGGUAACUUUAUAGAAGACUUGCUGUGGAGAAGCAAACAGCUGGAGAAAAAUGAAACAGGCUCAAUGUUUACUUUUACCGGAUGACUCUUUUAAUUUAAGUAGCUUUUUUUUAAUUUAAAGCUAAUCACUGAGCAUAAUGCAAGUGCUGGCUUCACGUGUUGAAACAGGUCCGUUUGAUCUCAGAUUGCUAGCUUAGAAGAUAAUAUAUAAUUUUGUGUGUAUCGACGGCUACUCACAUGGCCAAACUUCUUUCGUUGUGUCCAGCUGCCACAGGAUUGCAUGUUGGUCUUUGUGGUUCAGGGCAGAUAAACAGUGGAACGUACAAGAUACUUGAGAUCAGUCUGUGGAAUGGAAGAAUGAGGUAACUUAUGUAAAUGUGAGUGCAACUGAUUUUUGUGUGUGUAUGCUAAAUUAAAACGUGUAAUUAUGUAUGGGUUUUUUGUUUGGGUUACACUCUAAUUUUCAAUCUUGACAAAGAAAAAAGCACUUAAGUUAGUUGUGUUCAUUUGCUUUAUCAAAGCAAUAUGCCCUUUCUUGGUUGCUUUUUCCCCUUCCUUCCCCUAAAUAGUUUCCCCCCUAUUCCUAUGUGUAUCCUUCAUUAACAAUUUCAUAUGGCACAGACUACAGUCUCCACCUGGCCUUUCAGAGAGAGGUUUGUAUCUGGUGUCAAUACCGUUGUCGUCUUAAGUGUUUGUAAAGUGCCAUGUGCAUCCUAUGACACCAUAUAAAUAACACGCCAGCUAUCUGCCUUCUACAAAUGGUAGCAGAGAGAGGAAAGGUGAACUUUCUUUCUGAAAUGCUGCUUGAUCCUCCAUUUCUGGCACUUAAACCUCUUAUGCUACAAACAUUAACAUGGAAAAUCAGAACUGUCGUUUAAACAAUGCACCUGUCCCAGUUUGUGUCCUUUUCUGUCCUUUUGUGGGGGCGGAGGGGGAUUUUUUUGCCUCUGCUUGUACUUGGUUUGGGGAGGAACGGGUUGUUCUGCAAAAGACAGCAGUGAUUUUGCAGCACUUGCCCACUGCAUCCCAGGUGUCGGGUAGCAAGCUGUGUGAACAAAGUGUGUGUGUGACUUUUACACCUAUCAUGAUUACCCAAGGAGCCUUUUCCAAUUUAAAAUAAUAAAAACGAAAGUUUUGUGAACUUA